GUCAUGGAGGCUUGUGCCAAGGGUUUCAAGCGUCUACUGCUGGAACUCGGAGGCAACGAUCCAGCGAUCGUGCGCGAAGACUGCGAUGUGGACAAGGCCGCAGAAGGCCUCUUCAAGGGAGCGUUUUUCAACAAUGGCCAGACAUGUUGCGCUGCGAAGCGCAUCUAUGUCCAGGAGAAGAUCUACGACAAGUUUGUGCAGGCCUUUGUGGCCCGCGCGCGCCGCGCAGUGCUGGGCAACGGCUUGUCCUCAGGAACUGAGCUGGGUCCGCUGGCAAGUGCUGUGCAACUUCGCCAUGUGAUGGAGCUGGUGGAGGAUGCCCGACGAAAAGGUGGCCGCGUACUCUGCGGCGGUGGGGCCACCGCAGGGCCUCCUGGUGAUGAAGGUUCGAACACGGGCUUGUUCUACCUUCCCACCAUCGUGGUGGAUGUGGCAGAGGGCACUCGGUUAGUGGACGAGGAGCAGUUUGGCCCCGUGGUGCCGGUGAUGUCCUACAAGGAUGAUGAGGAGGCAGUUCAAAGAGCCAAUGCGACGCGCUACGGUCUGUCAGCUUCCAUCUGGAGCGAAGACCUGGACAAGGCGAACGAGAUAGCGAACCGGCUGAAGGCUGGGACAGUCUGGGUGAACAAGCACUGCGAGUUCAUUCGUAACGCUCCGUUCGGAGGCAUCAAUGAGUCAGGUCUCGGCCGUGCGGGAGACCUCGGGGAGCAG